GCGCCGCAGCCCCGCGCCCCGCCCCGCGCUGAGGGUCUCACCUGCGCCCCGGCCCGCGCCGCGACCCCCGCCCCGCCCGGCACCGCCGCCACGGCCGCCUCCCGCAGCCUUCCGGCACCGUCCGCGGCGCAGGCGCUCGGGAUCCUUCCCGGAGCCGCCCCGUCCCUUCCUGCCCCCGCCGGAAGCGGCCGUAGCGCCCGGGAUGGCGGCGGCGUUCGGCGGCGGCCGCGGGGCGGGCGGCAGCGGGGUGUAGCGCCGGGCUCGCCGCCAUGCCCAAGUACUACGAGGAUAAGGAGGAGGACGGGCGCGCCUGCAGCGGCGUGAGGGAGGACCUGCGGCAGUGCCUGCUGGAGAGCCCCUGCGUCCUGCAGGAAAACAAAAGCCCUAAACAGUGCUUGAGGGAAGGACACUGUAGGAGUUUGCAAGUGACAUUCUUUGCGUGCAAAAGAUCAAUGUUGGAUACCAGGGCAAGAUUCAGAGGAAGGAAGGGAUACUGAAGUCCUCGUCAAGAGACCUAGCCAUGGGAAUUUGGGGUUCAUCAGCACUCUGCGCAAAACAGAGACUAAAAUAAGAAGAUGGUACCUGCUGCAUCCUUUCAUGCAGCGUUUUCGUGGAAGGUAUCUACUCCUGAGUAUUCCAACAGAUUGACCUUGUCGUGUAUUUAAAUGUUAAAAAGAAAGCAAGCAUAAAGCUGCAAGUUCUGGCCAAAAUCAGUACCUGUUAUGUAUUUGCAAUAAAAUUGUGAAAUCCA